GGAGGUACCGCAGUGGUGCCCUGCAGCUGCUGUGGUCCUGCUGCAGUGCAUGAUGCGAAGGGGGGGGCGCGUCGGAGCAGCAAAGACUCUGGGGAAACGCCGUCGCUGGUUUUAUCUGCCCUGCGGCAGCCAGGACACAGAAGUGAGUGCACUGUUGUGGUUCCUGCACGGUCCACCAGGCUCAGAGUCCUGAUGGUCAGUGCUCUGUAACUUGUGGACUUCCUUUGUUUGUGUGGCUGCUUGUUGCAUCUGGCAGUGCGCUGUUAAUAAACACGGAACAUCCAUCCCUCUUUAUAAGGAGCUGUGUUCCUGUCACUGAAGGGAUUAGCACACAAAUCCUUGUACAAUAUACAGCCACGGAAUUGUUUUGUUUCAUUCAUUUCUCAAUUUAUGGGCAUGUAUUUGUGAAUAAUACAAUUAUUGUGUAAUAAUAUUUUUUUCAUUAAUGAAGGGCUUCUUCCUUGCUUUAUGGGACUUCAGUCCUGCUUCUCAGAGCCUGAUACACACUGUCCCAGCAGGGCACCUCACACCUGCAUGUAAUGUUUUCCAUUCCUUUCGAAGGUCACUUGAUGUCAUCCUCUGAUUUAUGAGAAACUGUCAGAUAAGUUAACGGUCAUCUCUGCCAUUAUAAAGUCACUUCUGCCCUCUACCUGACUGGUUUCUGGUUGUUCCCAGUGUCUUCUGCUUCACUUUGUUCUUGUUUACUGCCGUCUUAGAAAUUUUGAUCCUGGAAGCAACCUGCUGCUCAGUGUAGCCUUCCAGCCAAACCGGGAUCUAAAAAUAUAAAGUGCUUCUUUAUUUUUUCCGUAGCUGUAUAUGUGCCUCUGAAAUCUUCCUUUUUUCUGUUUAAAUGUUCGUUGUGGAAUCUUGCCUGCUGUUCAUGCUGAUGAUAAAAAUCAGGAGUGUAUUAUGUUUUUGUGAUAAUACUGGUACUAGUCGUCUUUACGCCUUCAGUAUGACGGCAUCAAGCAUUCCGGACCCUAUCCCAAUGAAAUCCGCCAGCGUGGCAUGCGGCCUCCGGGCACCAGGUGGUGCUGUGACUGCCCUUCGAGCCCGUGUAAUAGUUAUUGGCUGGCGAGUGCGGCGUGUCGAUAAAAUAUGGCGCCGCCUAAGAGUAGCAACGUGACUUCAGACAAAUCAAAGGAUUCCAAAAACACAACUAAAACCGGCAUUAAUAGUAAAGCUGAUCUUAUUAUUCAGAGUCGUAAAUGUGCCAAUGACAUCUUCGACAUUUUUGAGCAUUUACAGGCAGAGAAAGACAGAGAUGUUAUCUGCGCGAUUGGAGCCUGCAGCCGGAUAUUUUGCGCGCUCAUGGGUCGGGGCGACCUGUCUGUGGGUCCGCUGCCAGAGGAGGACAGCCUGCUGACCGGAAAGCAUAGCGCUGAUGAGAAGUACGGCAUCUUCAUGCGGCAUCGGUACAACGACUGUGUCAAGCUUCUGCUGGAGCUCAUGGCUAGCAGGAACCACCAGGUCAAGGAGGGUGCUCUGUGCACCCUGAUGAAGUUUGUUUCUGCGGAAGGACAGCGCCCCCUCAGCUCUGUGGACUGGGACGGUCACUACAACUUCCCCAGGGAGACGCUGAAGGCUGUGGUGUGCGGGCUUCUUUCAGAGAAAGAGGACAUGGCUCUGCUCAUCUCCAGGUUCCAGGAGUUCCUGGAGAUGGACGACGUGCGGUAUUAUGUUAUGGGCCUGGUCAGCGACAGCGUGGGCCGGGUCAUGGCCCGGACCAAGGGGGCUCUUCAUCCCAUCUACCAAAACAACGUAUUCGCUUUGCUCUCCAACAUCAACAUGCCGAACCAGGAGUCUGAGCUCACCAACUUCCUGAUCCAGAUGGACGGUGAUCGAGGAGACUGGAAACCAGCAAAACUCAAGGACCACAAGCGGGUCUUUGAGAGGAUGUGGCUGGGAUUCCUCAAGCACAAGCUACCCAGUAACAUGUAUAAGAAGAUCCUGGUGGUCCUCCAUGAGUCCAUCCUCCCCCACCUGAGCCAGCCAACCCUCAUGAUAGACUUCCUCACCGCGGCUUAUGACAUUGGGGGUGCCAUCAGUCUUCUGGCACUGAAUGGACUUUUUGUGCUGAUCCACCAGCACAACCUAGACUAUCCGGAUUUUUAUAAGAAGCUGUACAGCCUCCUAGACUCGUCGGUGUUUCACGUAAAAUACAGAGCGCGAUUCUUCCACCUGGCCGACCUCUUCCUCUCCUCCAGCCAUCUACCCGUCUACCUGGUUGCAGCAUUUGCCAAGCGGUUGUCACGACUGGCACUAACAGCGCCCCCUGCUGCCCUGCUCAUGAUCCUGCCCUUCAUCUACAACCUGAUUCGGCGUCACCCUGCCUGUCGGGUCUUGAUUCACCGACCGGAUGCUCCUAAUAUGCCCUGUGAUGACCCUUACCUGAUGGAGGAGGAGGACCCCGCCCUCUGUCAUGCCCUCGACAGCAGCCUGUGGGAGCUGCAGACCCUGCAGAAACACUACCACCCCGACGUGUCCAAAGCUGCCACGCUGAUCAACAGGCCUCUUUCAGAGCAGGAGGACGACAUCAGCGAGCUUCUCGAGUUCUCGACGUAUGAGCUCUUUGAACGGGAUCUGCAGCAGCUGCAGAAACAGCCAGUAGCCCUGGAGUAUGAAGGAGUCUCACAGCUGCUGGAGGGAACUGGGAAGGUUCUGGGUGUUUUUUUUUCCUUGGAGUGAGAAGAUGUAAAUGGACAAGGUGCAGAGCCCCACAUUCUCUCCUGUAUGAAUUUACAAAUCUAAUCCUAUGAUUAAAAAAAAAAAAAAAAAAAAUGUAAAAAAUUUUUGAGAUUUUCCCAUGAAAUCAGUAUAUGGAAUUUGCACAAUUGUUUAUGUUAAAUGUUUAUGUUGCCCAUCGCGUCGUCUGAUUCGACUUUUCAGUCAUUACAUGAGCUGAUGUGUAGCUGUGUGUCUAACACUGUAACCUGUUGAAAUAUUUUUUACCGUUUCACUCUUUCAGUCUGUAAAAUUCCAACAUUGUUAAAAUCAGUUAUUACAAGCAGCUUUGAAGUUUUCCCAAACUUGA